AUGUCCACGUUCCAGAUAUUAUCAGAUUUACAUCUAGAAAAUCCCUCUGCCUACGAUGUGUUCAAAAUCUCUCCGAAAGCGCCAUAUCUUGCCCUUCUGGGUGACAUAGGAGUUGUCAAGGACGCAGGCUUCACUACAUUCAUUGAAACCCAGUUGCGCCAAUUCCAAAUAGUUUUCUUCCUAUUGGGGAACCAUGAGCCAUACUACUCAACCUGGGAGGAGACAAAACAAGCCCUCCAUCAAUUCUCGGCGUCCGUUGAUCGUCAGCGCUCAACUACAGAACAAGAUGGACAUCCGGAAACUAUGGGUUCUUUCGUCUUCUUGGAUCAGACUCGCUACGAUCUCUCACUAGGUGUGACUGUUCUGGGCUGCACACUCUUCUCGCGAGUGAGUGAGGCCCAUAAGGGGCAGGUCAGCUAUGGUGUCAAUGACUUUUACCACAUAAAGCACUGGACAGUUGACGAUCACACGGCUGCUCACGAAGCAGACUUGGGGUGGUUAAAUAGAGAGGUUUCUCACAUUGCUUCCUCUGAGCCUCAUCGUAAGAUCGUGGUUUUUACGCAUCAUAGCCCAGUCACUCAGGAUCAGCGGGCAGUUGAUCCAAGGCAUGUAAAUAGCUCGCUGUCAUCGGGCUUUGCUAGCGAUCUCUCAGAUCAGGAGAUUUGGAAGAGUCCACAAGUACAAUUAUGGGCAUUUGGGCACACCCACUUCAAUUUCAGUUACAUUGAGGAGGGUACCGAGAAGAUUGUUGUCAGUAAUCAGCGCGGCUAUUACUUUUCUCAGGCACAGGGAUUUGAUGGAGGUCUAGUAGUUGGAGUCUGA